AUCUGUCUCUUUUAAGGGUACCUAUGAUAAUUAUAUAGUUUUGUUUUCAACCAGCCAUGAAUUCUAAAGCCACAACAAUAUAUCAAAUUUCAUGAUGUAUGGGUUUGCUAAGAGCUGUGAAAGAAAACAACCCCCAAAAAUGCCUGAAGUAAGCACAGCAGAUGUAGAAACUGUGCAAGAUAAGGUGGAGAAUAAAACUGAAGAAGCUAGUGGAUCUGGAACAGAGUCUGAAAGUGAUGAAUCAAUUCCUGAGCAUGAAAAUCAGCCAGAAGCCAUAGAAAAUAAAACAUCUGGUCAAUCGCAGAUGGCCCAGGCUGCUGGUAUUACAGAGGAAAUGGUCAGCAAGGCCAAACAGAGUCGAAGUGAGAAAAAAGCAAGAAAGGUUAUGUCAAGAUUAGGACUGAAACAAAUUCAAGGAGUGAGUCGAGUGACCAUAAGGAAGUCUAAAAACAUUUUGUUUGUCAUAAGCAAACCUGAUGUUUAUAAAAGUCCAGCAUCAGAUACAUAUAUUAUGUUUGGUGAAGCUAAGAUUGAAGAUCUGAGCCAGCAGGCACAGAUGGCAGCAGCAGAAAAGUUUAAAACACCUGAGGCUGGAAUGGCAUUAGGAGAACCCACACAAACAACAGUCUCCCAACCAAUUGAAGAGGAGUCUGAGGAAGAGGUUGAUGAUAGUGGUGUGGAAAGUAAAGACGUUGACUUGGUAAUGUCCCAGGCUAAUGUGUCCAGACCGAAAGCUGUUCGAGCACUUAAAAACAAUAAUAAUGACAUUGUGAAUGCAAUCAUGGAGCUGACAAUGUAGUAGAGGGAGAUGAAAGGGUAAUAUUACAUGUAGAAAGAAUGUGUCAUGUUUGUCUUGUUAAAAAAAUAUUAUAUUGUAUGUCUUUCAAGUAUGUUUUAUUCUGAAGUAAAUGUUUGCUUAUA